UGGGGGCGAUUUAGGAGUUCUCAUCCGAACUAUUCAUAUCAUCCCGGAUUUCACCCGGCUCAUGACACGCAAGCACGAUUGGUGGAUCCCGCGACCUAGGGAGGGAAAUGGAAGAGAAGUGCUGCCCAAGUUUAAAGGGAAGCGAAGAGCAGAUGGAUGACUUUGCUAGGAAAAAUUGGAAGGAAAUGGAAAGAAAGAACUUUCCGUUACACUUCAAAUUCCCUCCACAUCUCCGCAUAACAAAACGUGCCCUAUAAUCCCAUCCAUUUCCACUCUUCUGCCCUCUCCCUUCUUCUUUAUAUAUAAGUGUCUCUUCUCCGUCAACAUCUAAACAACAGCCAACAAGCAAAGAUCGUAGAUUCAGUUCGUCUUAGUUCAAUUCGAUUCAAUUGUCAAUUCCUUUGACGGAAUCAGUUGGUGUAGAUAAAAAAGACAAUAUGGAUCGUCGGAAUUCCGUGGAGAGUGAGGGGAGCGGGAGCGUUCACCUGCCGAUCUCCGAACUCCGGCGAAUGAGCGAGGCUGCAGGCAGCUCCGGAACGGGCCCCACGAUCUUCGAGCCUCAGUACAGUGGGAUCGAGAAGAGGGACAGCAGCAACACCAACAAUUCGGUCUCACCCUCCCCAAGGCUGCCUUCCUCGUCCUGCCAACCUAUCCGAGCCCCAGAGAAGAAGCUGACCCUGUUCGCCCUGAGGCUCGCUGUGUUCGAGAAGGCUGCCACUGGGCUUGGAACCCUCGGGUUCAUCUGGGCCACCGUGGUCCUCCUUGGCGGCUUCGCGAUAACCUUGGACAAGACCGACUUCUGGUUCAUCACCAUAAUACUCCUGAUCGAGGGGACAAGGAUCUUCAGCCGGAGCCACGAGCUCGAGUGGCAGCACCAGGCCACUUGGUCAAUCACCAAUGCUGGAAUCAGCAGCUUCCGGGCCAUAAGAUCGAGCUCCUGCCAUAUCCUGGAAGCCGUGAGGGCUGCCUUUCGGCCCAUUUCCUGGAAGAGCCGGGAAAUAGCAGAGAAUCAUCGGGAGGGUGCACCAUCUGGCCCGAGGAGGAAGCCCACACGGACUUGGACGAGCUCUGAUGUGCCGCUCCUUCCGUAUGGACAGUGGUUCUUCCUGUCUCGGAAUGUCAGCAAGCUUCUGUACUGGCUCCAGCUCCUGUCCGCAACAGCCUGCGUAGUUCUGUCCCUGAUGAAGCUCAUAAGGCACAAUUAUGGUGAGAUUGCAAAAGGAGACACCGACAAGAGGAACCGGAAAUCCGCUCUCAUCAUCUUCUACGCCCUUGCUUUGGCGGAAGCUCUACUCUUCCUCAUGGAAAAGGCCUACUGGGAGUGGAAGGUCAGCCACUGUAAGCUGCUUGAGAGGGUGAACAAUGAGUGCGAGCUUGGAAGCUCGGGUUUGGUCUCCAUUCGGAGGUUCUUCUAUGAUUCCUACUCGAGGUGUGUCAAUGGGAGCAUCUUUGAAGGCCUGGAUAUGGACAUGAUCAGUUUCUCCACAGAGCUGUUGGGUUCGAAUUCUCCUGACGAGCAGCUCAUUGGAAUUAGGAUUCUCUGGCAGUUCGUGGUGAAUGAGAGGUUCUCUGAGGACACCCUUCAGAAGAUCGGCACAAACAUCACUGUGAUCGAGAGAUUGGUUGAGAUGUUGAAUUGGAAGGAUCCGCAACAGGAAGAGAUCCGGAGGAACACUGCAGAGAUUUUGGCGAAAUUGGCAGGCAAGAAGCAGAAUUCUCUCCGGGUCGCCGGAAUUCCCGGAGCUAUGGAGUCAAUAUCUUCAUUGCUUCAGACGAACAGGAGCUCUGGCGGGGCGUCUGAUGAGAUCAGGGAGAAGACGAUCAUUUUCGACCGCGAGAAUUAUGGAUUCUGGACAUUCAACCACUUAGGUCUUCUUAUCCUAAAGAAGCUCGCACGUGACCAUGAUAACUGCGGGAAGAUUGGGAACACGAGAGGGCUCUUGCCAAAAAUAAUCGACUUCACCCACAUAGGGGAGAGGCUGCUGAAGGAUCGGAAUGUCACUGAAACACAGAUUCUGACCGUUAAGAGGUCCCUGCAACUCCUGAAGAUGCUCGUGAGCACGACAGGAACCACAGGGAAACAGCUGAGGAAGGAGAUAUCAGAGAUUGUCUUCACAAUUAGUAAUAUCCGGGAUAUCCUGAGGCACGGGGAGAGGCACCCAACGCUGCAGAAACUUGGAAUCGAGAUCUUAACGAGCUUAGCAUUAGAAGAGGAUGCAAGUGAGAGGAUCGGGGGAACUGGUGGGGUUCUGAAGGAACUGUUUAACAUUUUCUUCAAGGGAGAGACCCCUGAGAAUCAGAAUCAUGUGAGGAUCGCAGCCGGUGAAGCUCUAGCUAUGCUGGCACUCGAGAGUAAAGUGAACUGUCACCGUAUUUUGAAGCUGAAGGUGCUCCCUGAGCUCGUGGGAGCAUUGGAGAUUCGCGUACUUCGGAUUAAUGCAGCAAGGAUUUUGAGGAAUCUGUGCACUUACAGUGGAGACGACUCGUUCGACCAAUUAAGGGGUGUCAAGGCUGCUGCUCCGACAGUUCUCAAGGCAAUUAUGUCAGAAGAAAAGAAGUUGCAGGAAGUAAUGCUUGGGUUAGCAUCUCAAGUUUUCCGGUUCAUGACGGUGCGAGAAUCGAGACGUGUGUUUGAGCAAGCCGGCAUUGAAGAGACAGAGCUUGCCGAGGCAUUGGUAGAGAUCCUGAGGAAGUACCGGGACCCGCACAUUAAGGUUCCGAGGAUGAGGAGGUUUGCAAUAGAACUCGCAAUUUGGAUGAUGAGGCACGAGGCAGCGAACGUGAAGAUUUUUGAGAGCUUGGGAUUGGAGAUGGAGCUCGAAGGCAUUCUGGAGACAACAUCGGAGCUGGAGAGCUUCAACAUCUUCUCAGGAACGGUUGGGCUGAGUCGCCACGGCACUACGAUCCAUUCGCUGGUUGAAACUGCUCAAAAGCUUCUGCAGACACAAACAGAUGAACAAGGAUACUAAUGACUCUGUCAAGUUUGUAAAUAUUUGUCUGAGCACAGACAUCACAGAUUAUUCUUCUUUUUCUCUCUUUCUAAAUUUAUUUAUGUAGUAAUUUAUGAACUUAAUUGUUUAUUUGUUUGAUUUUUUGGAAUAAGUUGAAGAGAAUAAAAGAGCAGCUGAUCAAUUGGAA